AUGUACUUUCUCAAGAAGAUUCUGUCCGGGAGAGAAGGAAAGCGAGGAUACGUCGCGGACGAGCACAGCGGCUACGGCGGUGAAAGAAGUGGAAAAGAGAAGACAGGCACAAAGGAGGGCCCUGAAGAACGCGGACAGAGCGAAGCGAUAGAAGCGGAAGACGGUGCUGCCACCGCCACGCGCGGGGCCGAUGCCGGCACGCCCUUUUCGAAGCGCACGACGAUCGGCUCGAUUUCCCACCUGCAAAACAACAAACCGCAUCGUUUGCAAGAAUCGGCGCUGCCGGAGGCGGCGGAGGCGUCCUCUUCGCACAAUGAGCUUGACAGCCUCGAAGACGCCGAGCUAGCCGCGAUGGAGGACGGCACUUGGCAAUCUGUGCGGGAGCAAGAGCAGCGCGAGAUCGCGUCUUCGUACCUGCAAGAUCGCAGCGACAGCAACAACAACAACAACAACAACGGCAGCAGCAAGCGCCCGCCCAACGUGGCGCCGAGCUCGGCCUUUUUAAUGACCGCGAUGCCCUCCGGCCUCGACAACCAGCCACCGCUCGACGGCGCGAAAGGUCACAUGGAGGAAAACUCUCUUCUCCUUUUCUCUGCCGCUGUGCCCGUCACUGCCGCGGUCAGCAGAGAAAGGAGUGAGCAGCGGGAAGUGUCUGUGGGAAGGACACGACGCACCGGGGGCCACUCCGUGAUCGACCCCGAGAACGUCCGCGGCGGUGGUGCACACCGCUCUCUCCCUCCAAAGUCGACGCUUGCGCAUUGCCUUCCCGAAGCGAGAGAGACAGAUCCCAGCGCCGCCAGCCGCUACAGCGGGGACCGCUCUGCCACCUCCGCGCGGGGCGGUGGUGGCGCUGGGCACCGCGUGCUCAGUCAGGCCGAAGCGGAGAAGCUCUUCCAGCAGUCCCGCGACCGCGCUCAGGCAACCGCAGCCGCCAACGCCAUGCACCUGCAGUCCUUUGCCCGGCCGUUUCAGUUCGGCCCUAGCGCGAGCGGCAAGGAGCGGAGAAGGCGAGAGGACGGGUCCACCUCCUUCUCGACCGCGCCAAUGCAUCCACCGAUGGGAAGGGCGCAGGCGGACCGGCGGCUCGCUGCCAAUCCGAGCCACCGCAGCAGCGACCACAGCAAGGGCCAGAGCAGCGGGGUGCCGCUCUCUCUCUUUCCCUCGCCGCCCACCGUUGUCCCGAUGGACUCGCCGCAGGGCACGAACCGCGGGUCGAGUCAUGACGUCUUUGCCAAGGACCCCGAGUCUCGUCAGGGCGGUGCACCGGUCCGCGGCAGGACGCAACAGUUCUUUGGCCUGUGCAGCACUUGGCGAGACGCGUACUUGGCCCAGCCACCGUCAUCGCAGCGACCGCAGCAGCGAACCCAAGACGACCUCCUCUCAGCGGCGGCGGCGGCGAGCAUCAACCCGGCAAGCCUUUGGUACCCGAACGCCACCACCCCGCCCGCUUUUCAAGAGCCUUUCGAUUCCGGCGCCGUCGCCGCCGCCUUCUCCACCUCCCGUCACCACGGCAAUGGAAGCACCUCGGCUCUGAUAAACGAUGGCCGCAGCAACAGCAACAGUCACCACAAUCACCACAACAACAGCAGCGGCAGCUGGCUACUGCCUGCGUCUUUCCAGCCGCCAGCCUUUGUCCCGACGGGACUCGGCGAUCAGUUCCACGCACACCAAGGUGAUAGCCCUCCCGCUCCUUUUUCGGCGUCCUUGCAGCAACAACAGCAACAGUAUGACUUGUUUCCCCAAACAAACCCGCCUUGCAACGCAAAGGUCCCUGUCUUCUCACCUAACACCGGGAUCUACGUCGCCGGCAGUGGCGGCGGUGGCGGCGGUAGUCGAGGGGCUGGCCGAAGCCACGCCGGCACCGUUCCAGCGUCCAAGACGAAACAAAAGAAUGAGCCGCCGCAGAGUCAUAAAGGCCGAGGGAAUCAUGACAACACCCCACAGGAGCAAAAGUAUCUGCAGACGAAUCCCUUUAGCAUGUACAACCACAAUAAGACGCUCCUAAGUGGGAAGCCGCCGCCGGCAGCCACCGCCGCCGCGGCAACGGCACCCGUGACGGCGACUGUCUCCUCUGGCGACCGCGAAGCAAAUCGGUGA